AAGAAGCUUACCUCCUGCUUAAAGGAAGUGUUGAGUGUGUGUUGAGUUGAGCCUGUGUAGCUGUCUGUGCUUGUCGGGUUCAUUAAAUCGGUCGCAACAUAUCUCUGGUCCAGAGAGUGGAUGCUGCCUUCACGUCCUCCUGGUCUCCAUCCUCCCAUUUCAGCUGAGCGUCAGCUCCUUGUUUGUGCAAGUUGAUAGUGUGUGCAUGUGUGUAAAUACACUCUAGACCUAUAUAUGUGAGUGUGUUGCUUUAGGGCAGUGUAUGUGAGUGUGUGAGUGUGUGUGUGUGUCUGUGUCAGUGCCCCCCAGCCCACCAUGUCCCCAUAUCCCUCAACGCUCCAGCUGUGUCCAUCAGUGUGUCUUCAUCUCCUCUGCCUGCUGCUGCUGCUCCUCACUGCGUCCUCCUCCUCAGUACCUAAAAAGGACCCAGGCAUGGCUGAGCCCUUAACCCAUUUCAACAAGACACAAGGUAACUGCACCCCUCCAUGUGAUAAUAAUGCUGUCAGUGAAAAUGCAACAGAUCUAAAUCUGAAAACAGCUCCCGCAGAAGGACCACAGCAGGAACAAUUCUCCUCCAACUUGUCUUCAUCCAUCAACCACACUUCUGUCAGCCACGAAUUAAAUGAGCCUAUAGUAUCCUCAACCUCACUCAACCAAGCCGAAGGAGGAAACCAUUCAUCCACAACCCCACCAUCCAAUCAGCGGCUGGCACUAUCACACAAUCAGAGUCCAUCACCAGAGGCAGUCAUUCAGCCUGCAGCUCCUCCUCCUCCUACCACCACAGGCUCAGCCACACUGACUGCUCAUACUGGAUCCAGCACUACAACUACAACUACAUCUACAACUGCAGAACCUGUUAGGAAUGUAUCCACAACCACUGUGCUGGUGACUUCUACAGGCACAACAACACCAGCAACUACUACAAUAACGGCAACAUCGACAAAAAAAAACGCAACAUCCACAACAACAGUGACACCAACAUCUACAGCAGCAGCAGCACCACCACCACCACCACACCCUGCAACAACUGUAACAGCAACAACCACGCUUACAAGAGCCACCACAACCGCUACUAUUACUACAACCACAGGUACAAAGAUGACACUGCCACCAGCUGUCACAACACAACCAAAUGCCCCAACUACUCACAAGCCACUAUUUCAGACCUCUUUACCCAGAGGGCCUGUUACCAGCACUAGUGCUCCCGCCAAUCCCAACCAGCCGGUCACCUUGGGAACGCGAGAUGGCAUGGUAGAUGUAGCUGGAGCUGCUCUGACCAGGCAGCUGGUGGAUACAGCGUCUUUACUGGCCGUCCUGCUCUUCGGCCUGCUCUUCUUCCUGGUCACGGUGGCUGUGUUUGUCACACAGGCCUACGAGAGCUAUAGGCGGAAGGACUACACCCAGGUGGACUACUUGAUCAAUGGCAUGUACACAGACUCUGGGGUGUGAGGGAGGAAGCACAUCGCAUGGAGAUUGUUUGUGCGCUUGGAGUCAGAGGUUGUAGAACAGAAGAUGGUGUGGAGGGUAAGACAGUAGUGCAGUGAAUUCACAAGGUGAUUCAUCACCACUAUUAGACAGUUCAGAGAGAAGUAGGAAAGGACUAAACUGACCAGCAGUUCACUGAACUGACCCUACAGCAGUCACUGAUCUGUUUCUAUCAUAACUUUUCCACUUAACGCUUUGUUUCUUCCUGCUUCUCUUUCUUUUGGAUGGUUUGAAUGUGGAGAGUUUGGCUUGUCCCAGUUUUGCCAAAUUUUGAGCAACAGAAAUCAAGGUUACUUUGGUGUAACUCAGUUCUGUGUGUACGUGCAAAGCCCUCUAUUGGACUUUGCUAUCGUCCCAUGACAGAAUCAUGUCAGUCCAGCUGUACUUGGUUCCAGGGUGGCUGGACCAAUCAGAAUGCUUCCAAGGUGAUUAAAAAAAGGUGAUUUUUUUUUUUUUCAAUGUCUGACUUAAAAAAAAAAAAAGGUGUCAUAAUAUUUGAAUUAUUGUACUUUUGCAGAUGAAUGUAGUCACACAGAAGUUUAAUGCUCAUUAAGGACUGGGGCUGACACCUUUUCAUUCAUUCAAGUUAAUUUAUAGCAUAAUGCAUUUUAUAAUAAAAUGAAAAAAAAAGUGACAGCCCUAUAAAGGACCAAAGCAUUUUUGUGAAUAUUAUGUUGGAGAUUAGACUAGUCAUUUUCCAGUGAUGGACUGAAUGACUUAUCCCACAGCCACAAAUAGAAAAAACAUAGAAGUGGGAACCCAUUGAUAAGAAAUUUCUUAGUCAGCCUAGACUGGCUGAUUGACUGUUUGACUAACAGGCUCUUCAUUUAGCACGUCCCAAACACAUCACAUUGGAAAUGAACAAAGAUGCGUAUCAUGAAAAAUUCCCAUAUAUGUGCAACAUAACACAUCACUAGGGCUGGGUGUUUAUUUAGUAUAUUUGAGAAUUUACUCUGAAACAAAUGGGCUUCUUCUAAUUUUGUUUUGCACAAUUGAAUAUUAUAUAUAUAUAUAUAUAUAUAUAUAUAUAUAUAUAUAUAUAUAUAUAUAUAUAUAUAUAUAAUAUUUAGAUGUGUUGACAUUUCUACCCAUCAGAUAUUUUCACUACCAGCACAAAGUAACGGUUGCAGUGAUUGGUCGUUUCAGUUGUUGUCAGUAGUUGAGAUGACAUAAACUCUGUCAUUUUGCUUUAGUUUUAGUCAGAAUUUGGGGAGUUCAGGGCUCAGAGUCACAGGUUUACCUUUUUAAAUGUAAGUUUGUUCUGGUUUAUUAUAACUUGAGACUCACUGUUACAGUUUUGGCCAUCAUAUCUUUCAGACACAAGCCCCUUAAACACUGCCUGUUCAAGGCUGGAAUGUCACACUGUUAGUCUGCUUCAAAGUUCUUUACAAAAAGUAUGACUGUGGAAUACCGGGACAGAGUUAUCUCACCUUUAAGCCAGCAGUGGAAGUUGUAACGGCGCUGGACAGCCAGCAGGAUGGGACCAUGAAUGUGACGGCUGUGACGUUUGGACAAGUUGUUAGUGUGUAACCAACUGCAUGAGAUUUCAAAAGUAGAUGGUAGCAGUUAGCAGCUAACCCAAAGAAGAAGCAGCCGAAUAUGUUCUCUUUGCUUCCAUGAUGCUGGUGUACUGUUUAAAAUUACACACUGUAGCGGCAAGAUGUUGCUAUUGUUUCGCUCUGUGUAAAAAUACAAAGGAGGCAUAUAGAAGGGACUUCAAGGUGGCCCUAUAAUGCCAUAUCUGUGUAAAAAGAACUGUAGAAACAUUGUGCUCAAAGUAAAUUACUGAGACCUGCAAACACGGCAUCUCAACACCCCUGAAAAUCUUCCUUUGCUGACCUGCAGUGGUGUAGUAGUGUACUUCAGUGUGUGUCAGGAGGACACUGUGAUAUCACUGUUUCCUGUGGUUACACAGCAAAUACAUGGGGUCAGAUGAUCAGACAGGUUGGUUUUUGUUUUUCAUAUGGAUGAGAGAUUAUAAGCAGAGUCUUAAUUUCUGCCCCAGCUUCACCAACAUCCAAGGUGCACAGAAAGGGAAAAGGUCUCCAAGAACAUUUGUAGUAUAACAACAACUUUAUUGUGAGACCAACCCAUUUGGGCUUGUGGCUUUCAAAUAAGAGAUUAGUACCAACAUUUCAGGUGCACUCACUUUGAGUUGACCUCUAAAUGUAGGGGUUUAGAUCAUCUGUUAGUUUUACAAUCUACAAUUGCUUUGAUAGGUAAAGUGUGUUUGUAACUGAUAGAAAAGAUGGCCAAAACUACAAACAGUUGAAUAAUCCUUUGAAUGUAGCUGCCAAUGAAAUACCAGUCCCUUCAGUAGCAGUAGUGUGCCACGAAAAAGAUCUGACCUGCGUGACUCCACAGCACAGAGAGCUGGACUUGAACCAGCUUCUUCCACACUUUAAUUAAAAGUAAAUAACUAUGUGGAAAAACUUCACAUGAUUCCACAGAGGUAGAGGAGUUUUCUUAGAAAGACAUCAGGAUUUAACACAGGUACUCCUGCCAGCUGAAUGCAGUGGAAGAUGUAUUUCCAUCGCUCUGCAUUAAGUUUCUCCAGAUGUGGCCUGGUGUGUCAGGGCCAAAGUAUAUACUGUGUGGUGUCUGGUUUAGUCGGUAGGCCAGAGAGAGACCACAGAGUCAUCUCAGUCAAAUCAUCAAGUUGGAGAUUUUUUCAUUGUCUUGUCAGUGUGUUGACGCUGGCUUAGUGUUUUCUGUGUGUGCAUGUUACGAGCAGCAGAGGUGUGUUUAUUUGGAUGGCAGCUGCUUUGCUUAGUGAUGGUGUUUUAAAAAAAAAAGACAUUCAGGCAGACACAUUAAAACAAACUGAUUUGUUUAGUUAACACUGAGAAUGAAUCAAAUCAUCCUCGGUUAAAUUAAUUCCACUUUUUUCAUAAACUUGAUCAGUGAUUUCAAAGAUUUGACACAGGCAGAACAGCUGUAAGGUUUUCUAUCUGCCCAUUACAAAGGUAGCUGUGCAUACCCACCCUCGUUAUGUGGUUGCACACACUAAACAUUGUAGCUUGGAUUGGCGACUUGUGGAAAUAGUCAUACAUCACUUUUUCACUGUAGCUUUCUGUAGAAAACAUUACAGUAUAUUCCAAAUGGCAAGGAAAAGUCUAGAGAUAACUAAGGAGAGGACUGUUGUUAAGAAAACAGUAAACCUUUGUGUAACCAUGUGAAAUAUGAUUUGCAGUGGUAUGUGGAGCCCCCUUUAUGUGGCAUUUCUUUAUUGUUGUUUUGGUUUGUUUUAAACAUCUCUUCAUUUCACUACACAUUCGGACACAUUCAGACAUUUUGGGAAAUGAGUUUCCUGUAAAACCCACAGUCAUAGUAUGUGCAGGGUUUCUGCAGUUCCCUCAAAAUUCUUAAAGGCAUUAUAUUUGUGAAUCUAAAAUUAAGGCCUUCUUUAAAGCAUCCCUUUAUUUCAUUGCUUUAAAGAAACAAUCAGACUUUUGGGAAAUCAGUUUCCUGUAAAAACCCACAGUUACAGUACAUGGUUCCCACAGGGCUUCCUUACAAAGUAUUAAUGGCACUGAAUUCAUGAAUCCAUAAAUAAGGCCUUAACUGAUAUGAAAAUGUCUUAAAUCAACCCUUUUAGGGUCUUAAAAAUGCUAAGUCAUGGAAAGUAGGAUGUUGAAAAUAGUUUUUUCCAACGAUAUUUUUUUGUAGGCCGACAUGAAAAUUAAUAUCAUCCUGGUUCCCCUGCCAAAAGCCUAUGGGAUUUUUUCAUUGGAUUUUGGAUAAUUGCAGAAAAUAAUCUUUGUAGUAAACAAAUGUUUAUGAUACUUACAUGCUUUGUUCGGCAAGAUACUCUUCACAAAUGAACGCCGCUUUUAUGAUAAUUAAAGCCUAAAUGCAAUUGCUGAAAGUAAAAAGCUAAUAUUAGGUUAUGAACAAAUUACACCAUGGUCACAUGACUAAACGUCACCAACACAACAAGGCUGUAAAGCCAUGUUCUGUGUGGUGACAUUCUGCAGUGUCAUUUAUCCACUUGUUAGCAAUCACCUUUUUUAAGACCCAUAAAAGCCUCAAAAUUCAUGAGUGGGGUAUUUGCUGAUGUAUUUGAUGUCGUAGAACAAAACGUGAAAGUCUCUUUAGCUUGCGUUAAUCAUAGACCUUAUUUCUGGCAUCUAACCAAAACCCCAUUCAAAAAACCCAUUGACUUCAAGAAGAGGGGACCAGGAGUGCUAAAAUCCAAAGGCAUUUAUGGAUUGUAGGACUCAAUCCUGGGGCUCUCUGUUUUCUGAAUGCCCCUUGCAUCCAGACAUGAGAAAAAGCUAUGAAGUUCAUCAUCAUCGUACUCUUAAAAUAGACAAAAGGAGAAGAGAUUACUUUAAUUGGGGUGCCCUGGUGGAUUAGGGGUUUAAAUUACUGUGCAUGAACCACCACGUCCGCUGCUUUAAGUACAGCUGGGGACACUUGUUGCCAUUCCGUUUUUCUUUCUCAUUUCUCGUUAUUGCUGUCAACACUCUAUUGUACAGGUUUAAGGAAAAUCUUAAAACCUUACACGGUUUAGCCAAUGACAGCUUCGCAGUGUCGAACAGGUAAACAUUUUUUCAUGUUUUAAGACACAGCUGUAUUAAUAGCAUAGCUUAUCAUAAAGACUGAAAACGGGCAAUUGCUAGCAUUUCUCUUGUGAUGGAGUUAGGCCAGCACUUUUCAAGCUAAAUACAUCCAGGGCCUCACUCUUAAUGGAGAUACAGUAUCUGAUAUGGUAUCAUCCGGAUCCAACUGAGGUUAGCAGCACAUAAGUCUAUUUCCCAUACAUUUCUUUGUGUUUCAAAGUCUUAUGAUUUCAGUUUAGUUCCACAAACUUUCAUCAAUGCUGAUGACAUUUAAGCUGUUUUUCAGUGUUUAAUGUUUUUGCACGCUCAUCCUGCAGUGAGUCAUGGGAACAGGGCCAUACUAGAUUGCUUAUUUCAAUAUAAUGCAUAAUUUUUGCUAAUGGUGAAUAUAUUUUUAAAUGCUAAACUAUUUUGAGUAUAUUGAGGUGUGUGUUUUCUGUUUUGUUUUUGGAUGAUGUUUUGUCCAUAAUUCCUAAACAGAUUCUUCAUAUAGCUUAGUAUGUACCUCAAUGUACAUUUUCUCCUGUUUUUGUCAGUAUGUUUUAGACAUCACUGAUGAACAUGGACCUUAAGCCAUUCAUCCACUGUUUUGAAUGCAUUUUGGAGGUGCAUCAUUCCUGGAAACAUCACAUUCAGCAAAAAAAACAAACUACAAAUUAUGACUUCCAUAUAAUAUUUUCUGACUUAGCUUACUUAUAAUUAUCCUAGGUGUUAUCAAAAUUAUGAGGUUUGCCAUAAUGAGUGAUAUACUGCAGCUCAUGAAAUAGAUUACUAUAAGAAUCUCACAAAUAUGAGUCACAGUUCAGUACUAUGGAAGUUAUAUAAAAGUUAAUGCACAGAAAAUUGUCUAAAAGUUUGAAUACAUUUGACAGAGUGAUGAACAAAUGCUCAGCGGCAUCUGUUACAGUUCUGAACAAUAUGUGAUGAUGAUGAUGAUGAUGAUGAUGAUGAAGAAUAUGGACAGACGAGUCCUUAAAUUGUUCUCAAUGGUUUUACGAUGUAAACAAAAACAGUAUCCUCUACAGACUGACUUACUUUUGCCUUUUCUCUUUUCUUGAGCAGUCUUAUUAGUUUUCUUUUCCUGGGGGGUUCAUGGUAGAUGAACAAUCACCAAAUAAUCACUGAAGCACAUUAUUGUAUGAUAAAGCCAAGGGGAACAUAAAGCCAUUAUCAAUAUGUGACUGAUUGACUGAAGGAUGAUAUGACAGUGUAUGCUACAACAUGAAAGGAAGAUUAAUGGGUGGAUCUAAAGCUCACACAGCAGAGGAUGUUUUCAAGUUAAAUAAAGUUUCUGCUGCUGAGUGUUUCUCUAGUAUAUUGAAUGUAUUAGGUUUCGACCCUAAUUGUUUUUGUAUUGGACCUGCCAAUUUUGUGUAAAAUUUCCAUGCCUUUAAAGUUGGUUUCAUGCCAUAACUGAUUUUUUUUUUUUUUUUUUUUUUAAGAGGAAAAAAAAACUCUGAAAUAUAAUUUGAAAGAUGUCUGGUUUUAGAAAUGCAGGGAGUGUUCAAAUAUGUUUACAAGAGAUGAGAUCGGUACGAGAGCAGAGACCUGCUUUUCAUCACUGUAUUUUCCUAUGAUGUUUGGCCUGUUAUCUCAGGAUUAAUAUCUAGAAUCCAAUAUCUUGAGAAAACCAACUUUUGUUUUCAAAUGAAAAUUUGCUGUAUUCCAAUGUCUCAAGAAAACAAGACUUGCAUCCUGAGAAAAUUAAACACUGAGAAAACGAUAUCUCUUAUUUAAAAAGUUGAAAAUUUGACAUUUAUUCCUUUAUGUCAUGUUUAUGCCUGUUUUUUGUUUUGUUUUGUCAGUUAUCUCGAAAAAUGAGCUACAGAGGCGUAGAGCUGCCAUGCCAAAAAAUAAAAAAAAAGGUCAGGUCAUAAUUUUACAAGAAGAGUAUCUUGUUAUGUAAAUAUCUUUUUUAAAAAACUGAUCAGCAUCAGUUUUUUCUGGUGUGGCAUCACUAUGCUUUUGUAAAUACCCUUUAGUUUUUCUUUUCCUGUUAUCAUGAGAAAACAUGAACAUCUGUUGUGUUAUCUUCAGAUAGAAUAUCUUCAGACAAAGUAACUUGUUAUUAAAAACAUUGAGAUCAUUAACUAAUGAUCUGAAGGUAGGAGUUAGGAAAAAAAUGAUUGGGCCGCUCUCUACUUCCUUACAUGUGUGUAAUUAUUUCAGUUUUAUUUUCCGGUGAUCACAGACUAAAUUUUACAAUCUCAGCAUGACAAAUUUUGUUUUCUCAUCAUCACAAAGUGAUUAUUUCAUGAUGUCAGCAUAACACAAACCACAUUCAAAUCAUUCGAUAAAAAUGUUUGAGAUUCAGACAUGAGGUAAUCACUACCUUGUCUGGUAUUUAGAGAUGAUUACCGUUGUGCACUGUCAUGCAUUGUUCACUAAUGAUCACAAGACACUGUUUGGGUUAACCUGGGAUCCCAAAAAAGCAUUCAGCAAUCAUCGGAAACAAAUUGUAAGGCUUCUCUGUAAGACUGACUUGAGGUCUGGUCUGAUGAACAAAAUUGCUCUCGUGACAAUUAGAAUGUAGAACAUACUGAUGAUGUCACUGUGUUCAGUAUGUCAGUGAAGCUUUGUUAAGAUUUGAUGGUUUUGUGACUGUUUAGAGUGUCUUAUGUCAGUAGUUCUAAAGUCAGCAGUUCAAGGUCCUGGAAACAUCACUGGUAGAUUUGUGUUUGCAGUAACUAAUGUGCAGAAUGUCAAGAAAUGACAUGCCAUGUGCCAACUCAACAUUGUACCAAUGCACUUUAAAGAGAUAUUUUUACUUGCAGAGAAUAAAUAAUAAAAAAGAACCAAAUUGA